CCUUGGGAAGUGGGAAAGUGGGAAGUUACAGUGAAGGCGUUCCACUCCUCUCUUUUCACCGUUCACCGACGUGACGCCAUUGUUCGUCCGGGUUCGAGUAUAGAACAGCAGCGGUACGUGGUGGAUCAAAUCGUCUUUCAUUUGCGAGUGAUGAAUUAUGCUUCGUCCAAGUUCAAGUGUAGAAGUAGAAUAGCAGCGGUAGGUGGUGAAUCAAAUCGUCUUCCAUUUGCGAGUAAUGAAUUGAAAAGCUGAGGAGGCACCUUAGUGGCAAGAAUUGGGUUUGCAAAACAAUGGUAGUUAUAGCGCUGCAGUAUCUAGAAAGUUGCCAUUGGAGAUUGUUCAUGACAAUUCAAAUGGUCAGUCUGAAUUGUUGAGAACUUCAGAGCAGGAAGGGGCAUUGGUAACUUGUAAUCAUGUGGAAGUGUUAUACAAGGAAUUUGGAUCAGAUUGAGUUAGUUUAGAUGUGCACAAGCUUUGAACCCUGAACCAGGAGGGGUUUGGUACUGCAGUCCUCAAGAGUUCCCGCUCCUCCAGUCACCUUAGAACCGUCGAUGACUUCAUAUCAACUUCAACCAUUUGCUCAUGUUUUGAAAGCAAAAUCUUUUCCCUGUAGAGAAAUCUCAGCCACCAGAGCAUUUCCUCUGGAUUAUGGAAGAAAUGCUCAAAGUAUCAUCGCAGACGAGCACCUGAAAUAUGUUUCUUAUGAAAAAGGCAGUAUUGUUGGCUGUGAAAGAACCAUUUCAGAGCCAAGGCCUUCUGAGAAUACAGUCAGGAAUGAAUCCAACCAUGUUGGAGAGAAAGUUCAGCAAGUUCAUGGUGGAUAUGCCUGCAGGCGUUCUCUGAUGGGCACUUCAAACAGUCACAGCAGACAAGGGAAACACCCAAGGGGUAGAACGGAAAUAAAUGUAAAGAAGCGUAAAGCCACGGUGGUGGGAAAGUCUUUAUCUGCUUUGAGCGAAAAGAAACAUAGAAAAGAAAAUUUGGGAGGACCAACUACAAAGAUGAAAGUGCCUCCUAAAGGAAAGGUUGUUUACAUAGAUCCAGAUGAAAUUGCAAAUUUUUCGCGUGACAGAGCCAUUAAAGCUCUCAAUCUGUUUAGGAUUAUUUUAAAGGAAGAGCAAAAAAAGUCGAAGGAGCAAGGAAAUUCAACCAAUCGGAUUGAUAUGGCAGCCUAUAAUCGUCUAAAAAUAACACCUAUGUGGGUUAACUCGGUGGGACCAACCUUGGGUUCUGUCCCAUGGGUUGAAGUUGGUGAUAAAUUUCAGUACCGAGUGGAGCUCUCAAUCAUUGGCCUUCAUCACCCCUUAGAGGCUGGCAUAGAUUACUUGCAGAAAGACGGAAAAUUUAUUGCCACAAGUAUUGUUUUUUCUGGGUGUUACGACAAUGACACAUCUGAUCUUGAUGCCUUGGUUUAUUGUGGUCAAGGAGGCAAGUAUACGAAAGGAGAUAAGCGACCCAAGGAUCAAAAGCUUGAGCUAGGAAACCUUGCACUUAAGAACAGCAUUGAUCAAAAAAAUGUUGUAAGGGUUAUCCUUGGAUCAAAAGAAGUGCAACACUCUGAUUCUAACAAUGCUCGGGGGAAGAUAGCUUCAUAUUUUGUCUACAUUGGGUUUUACGUGGUGGAGAAAUAUUCACAGGAAAUAGGGGAUUCUGGGGCUUCUAUCUUUAAGUUUCACUUGAGAAGAGUUCUAGGUCAGUUGACGCCCAAUUUAAGAAAGAAUCAAAAGAAACAGGAAUGCUGCAACAGUAAGGUUACUCCGUUGCGAUCACUAGGUCUCAGGAUCAAGUCGGGAAACAACCUCUCUACAAAGUGGCGUUAAGGCUGCAUACAUUAUGAGUCUAUGACCCUCCACAGACUCUAUAGUGGCUGGAGCCCUCAUGCCCUGGGUAUCUGCUUUUUUGGUUCUUCCAACCGUACUGGCAAGCUUUAAGUUCUUUAUAAUUAUUGUUGGACAUGCUCUAUGUAGAUAGUUAUGCUAACAACUGAAGUUUGGAUAUCAGGUUGGUGAAUGAACAUUGGUUAUCGUGGAGGAAAAUUACCAAAUUUUGUUA